AAUAACCCCCAACACCUUCGUCUUCGAAUCCGAGGCCCCCGCAAUCACCUCUCUCUCUCUCUCUCUCUCUCUCUCUCUCUCAACUCCGACGAGUUUUGGAAACCCUAGCAAUGGCGGACCAAUCGGCCGCCGUCGAUCUCAUCCCUCCAAACCCUAACCCUACCGACUUCGAUGCCCUCGCAAUCCCACCCCUUGACUCCGCCUUUUUAUUUGACUCCUUCUUCUCCGAUCUCGCCUUACCCUUCGACGCUGAUUUCGAAGACCUCGAUUUCACCUUCGAUGAUCUCUACCUCCCCUCCGACUCCGAAGACUUCCUCAAGUCUUUCCCCUCUCAAUUCUCCUCCGAUCCGAGUCCCGACGCUUCCACGAUCCUCAAUUCCGCGGAUCAGACCUCGUCUCAGGUUUCCGGCGAUCCGGAGAUUUCUGAGGAGUCUGGAAUCAAGGGUUCGGAUGUUGGUUCUAGGGUUUUGAAUUAUUCAUCGCCGGAGUCUGAAACUCGAAAUUCUGGUUUGGCUGAAUCGGGUAAUUUUGCGAUUGUUGAUCAGAAGAUUGAAUUUGAGGGAGAGGGUAAGAAUUUUUUGUUGUUGAAAAGGAAGAAAGGAAGUGAAGAUGUGAAUUUUGAAUCGAGGAGGAUGAGAAAGUACAGGAGGUCGAGUUCUGGAGGCAAUGCUAAUUCGCCGUGUGGUUUGAAUGGGAACAAUGAAGAGGAUGAGAAAAAGAAAGCGAGGUUGAUAAGGAAUCGAGAAAGCGCACAGCUUUCUAGGCAGAGGAAGAAGCAUUACGUGGGAGAGCUCGAGGAUAAGGUGAGAUUAAUGCAUUCAACAAUUCAAGAUUUGAACACUAGGAUUUCAUAUGUAAUUGCUGAAAAUGCGAGUUUGAGGCAACAAUUGGGUGGUGCUAUGUGCCCGCCCCCUCCGGGAAUGUACCCGCAUCCGCCUCUGGCACCAUUGGGUUAUCCAUGGAUGCCUUGUCCUCCUUACUUUGUGAAACCACAAGGUUCUCAAAUUCCAUUGGUCCCAAUACCUAAAUUGAAACCACAACAAUCUGCCCCAGCACCAAAGGCUAAGAAGGUUGAGAGUAAGAAGUCUGAGAGCAAAACUAAGAAGGUUGCUAGUGUUAGUUUUCUGGGUUUGUUGCUUUUUAUCUUGCUAUUUGGUGGAUUGGUGCCAAUGAUAAAUGUGAAAUUUGGAGGAAUGCGGGACAGAGUUCCUGGUGGAUCAGAUUAUUUGGGUAAUAGGUUUUAUGAUCACCACCGCGGGAGGGUAUUGACUGUUGAUGGUAAUCUAAACAAUUCCGACCAAACCAUAGGAACGGGAUUGUGUAGUGGGAGAUUGGGGAUUGGAAAUAAUUUUACUAAUACACUGCAUUGUGGGAGGGGUGACGUUGGGAGAGUAGACUCAAAUGUUGAGUGUGGAGGAGGAUUGGAUGAGUUUGUGCGGCCAGGCAAUUCUAGUGUGCCUCUUGUUGCGUCCUUGUAUGUUCCAAGGAAUGAUAAGCUUGUAAAGAUUGAUGGCAACUUGAUUAUUCAUUCUAUUCUGGCUAGUGAAAAAGCCAUGGCAUCUCGUCAAGAUCGUGAAAUGGUGAGUAGUAAAGAGACUGGUUUGGCAGUUACUGGAAAUAUGCCUCCAGCUAUCCCUCUUACAGGAACAAAUAACGGGAGACAUCCUAACUUAUACAAAAGUCCAUCUGAACAGCAAAGGGCUCUUGGUCCUGGUUCUGUAGAUAAGAGCAAUUUGAAGUCAACAGCGCUUGAUGGAAAAGUGCAACAGUGGUUCCAGGAAGGUCUUGCAGGGUCAAUGUUGAAUUCCGGCAUGUGCACUGAAGUGUUCCGGUUUGAUGUCUCGCCAGCUCCAGGAGCCAUAGUUCCAGCUACAUCGGUCAUGAAUGUUUCUACGGAACACUGUCAGAACGCUACACACCUUUUCAAGGGGCGGAAUAGAAGGAUUCUCCAUGGUGCUCCAAUUCCUCUUCCCAGCGGUCAGAACAACAUUUCCAAAGACAACGUGGGAAAAAAUCCACAAAAAGACAACUUUCGAGGAAACAAUUCUCGUUCAUCAGUGGUGGUUUCUGUGCUAGUUGACCCAAGGGAGGCUGGUGAUGGGGACGGUGAUGGUGUGAUGGGACCGAAAUCCCUCUCUAGGAUUUUUGUUGUUGUUUUAAUGGACAGCGUGAAGUAUGUUACAUAUUCGUGCAUGCUUCCUCUAAAGGGAUCGGGCACAUACUUGAUGACUACUUGAGGACAUGAUGGAUUGAUUGUGGAGAUUGACAACUUGAACAAUACCCAAAUUUCAGGCUCCAGGUUUGUACAUAGGUAUAGUUUUAAUAGGUUUUGUAGCUUUAAUUGUAUCUUUUUAUGUACACUGAGUUUCAAUAACUACUGUUGGUUUAGUUUUUGACCAGCGAUGGAUUAAUUUGAUCAAAAUUAUUGAAACAAUUCUGUCUAUGUUGGAUACAUGUUUUAAACUUUAUUUAUUCA